UUCUCUCUUUAAUCAGCACCGCCUCUCCAAACAAAACGGAUCCGUAUCUAGUCAGGAUCCUCAGUGUGUUGGGGAGAGGGGUGCUGCAUUGCUGCCAGUCCGUUUCCCUGACUGUCCCCCAAAGCAGGCUGUGUGUGUGUGUGUGUGUGUGUGUGUGUCUGUGUCUGUGUGUAUUGUGUGUCUGUGUCUGUCUGUGUGUGUGUCUCUGUAUGUAUUGUGUGUGUCUGUAUGUGUGUGUUGUGUCUGUGUGUAUUGUGUGUCUGUGUGCGUUUGUGUGUGUCUCUGUGUGUCUGUAUGUAUUGUGUGUCUCUGUGUAUUGUGUGUCUCUAUGUGUGCGUGUGUCUGUGUGUAUUGUGUGUCUGUCUGUCUGUGUGUGCGUUUGUGUGUGUCUCUGUGUAUAUUGUGUGUGUCUCUAUGUGUGUGUGUCUCUGUGUGUAUUGUGUGUGUGUCUGUGUGUGUGUGUGUGUGUCUCUGUGUGUAUUGUGUGUGUGUGUGUGUCUCUGUGUGUAGUGUGUGUGUCUCUGUGUGUGUGUGUGUGUCUCUGUGUGUGUAGUGUGUGUGUGUGUGUGUGUGUGUGUGUGUAGGGGUGGUUGAGGGAUGGAACACUCGAUCGAUUCGUUCGGAACAAAACCCGGUACGUGACAGAACUCAGGGCAAGGUUCGGCAAUAUCUGUGGGGAGAGAAACACGUUUCAGAUAUGGGCCACGGCUGUUUAGUAAUUUGAUGAAAGAUCUUUACUCGGACCAACAGCGCCAACUUGCUUCGACCUCUCGGACUUCCCAAUAUAAAUUAUUUUGCAAACAGGCCAGCCGAUGCCAGCGUCUGGGGUUCCUGCUGAACAGGUCUGUUUUAGGAGCAGGAAUUCACUCUUCAAAGGCCGAGCUUCUCUCGGAUAUUUCAAUCCCCCCGCAUUUGACCUCUCUCCUUGAUCCUCACUUUGCUCAUUUCACUUUCUCUCAGUCUGUUUCUCUCCCCGGCCAGUGGGUUUCUGCCAAUAUAUUCCCUCCACCUCCCCCCACCACCGAACACAUAUCCCCCGCCCCUGCCCACACCCCUCAGCACCGCCCACCGCCGCCGUCAGCCGCCCCGGGUAUAAAACCUGGCACUGGGGGCAUGAAGCGGCGAGACAGUGGCUGGAGUACCCGGGAGAGGCUCACACACAGAGACAGAGAAACAGACGGAGCACUCCCCAUGACUGCAUCUGCUGUCCACGGUAUGGGGCACCUCAGUUUGCUGCUUUACCUGGUUGUGUUCUCUUGGCUGUCUGUCACCGCCUCAGUCAGCCUGGACCUCACCGAACUCAGGAACAAAGUUUCCAAGAUCAAAGUCAACCCGAGGGGGAAUCUGUGGGCGACAGGUCACUUUAUGGGCAAGAAAAGCCUCUUUGACUAUCCAGAGGGAUACAAUUCCUCCCCAGCUGAUGCUGCCAGGGAUUUGCAAACUCUGUACAUAUGGAAGAUGCUGGACAGCGGCCUGCCCCAGGAGCAAGAAGGAAGCCAGCUCACAUCCAACACUGUCACUGAGGGUACGGGGUUAAUAAUGAAGAUUAUUGAGAGAUAUGUGAAAAAUAGUGAGAAGUGACAACCAUCCUGAACUCUUGUAAGGAACAUCGAUAUUUGCAAAUGUGAGCGAGAUGGUCUGUGUUUGGAAUGCAGGAGUAGCGAAUGUGGGCAUUUUAUUGUAACAAUGAUGUGUUCUAGUCUCCUGUAUUUUAUGUAUUGUUAAUUGUACAUUGUCUAAUUGGUAUAUUAAAGAGGCAGCAAGGACUAUUCUAUAUUUUUCUGAUGUUUUUGCAUUGUAAUACCAUUUUAAUGUAACCUGAAGGUUAUUUGUGGUGAAUAAAGAAUAUAUUAUUUAA